UAUUGUCUCGGCGGCCCUGUAUUGUUUAUUCGUUUUUUAGUGUGAAAUUUGUUAAAAAAAAACAGAAAAUACCGGCUAAAAUUAAUUAAUUAUUUUUUUUUAAACAUUCAUUGUGAGACAAUAAGUAAAUAUAUAUAUUCAAAAUAUUUGAAAAUAAUUUCAGAAAGUUAGGUUAUGCUGGUGAAAUGAAGGAUAUGCUUUCAGAUAUUUGUUUAGUAAACAAAAUUUGCUGAUAGAAUUUACAGAUAUUUAGGAGCAAUUAACAAAAAAAAAAAAAAAAUAGUCAAACUGUCAAAAGUGAAAAAAAGGUUUAAUGAUGCGCAUGAAUUAUCACGUGAUUGACAGUCGUAAUUUGCCGAAAAAUUUCAAUUUUUAAAAAUUUCUCAUUUUCAUAAAGAUAUGGCCUCUUUUAAAGUAACAUCAGAAAUUUAUGAAGAAAAUAGAUCUGAUGGUGACUUGGCAAAUGAUAGUAGAAUUACAAAAAUCAAUUUUAGAUAUCCAUCAUUUUUAUUAAAAGACAAAAAUGACAAACUUGAAUACGAUGAAGAUGGAGAUUUAAUAGUUGAUCGAGUACAAAAAGGAACGUUGAUGAUUGAACAUCAUAUUUCCACUGAUUUACAUUUAGUAGGUUUACAACUCUGGAGAGGUGCAUUUUUAUUAGCAGAUUAUAUUCUAUCAAAUUCUGAUUUAUUUGAAAAUAAAACAAUUUUAGAAUUAGGUUCUGGAGUUGGUUUCACGAGUAUUAUCGCCAGUAUUUUAGCCAAGAAAGUAAUUUGUACAGACAUUAAUGAAGGAGAAAUUCUAAAACUCAUAGCAAAGAAUUUUAAAAAUAAUAAAAAAUAUAUUAAAAGUAAAGUAGACAUCAAGGAAAUGAAUUUUUUGAAUCUUAAUUGGUCUCAACAAUUUUGUGAAGAAUUAAAAACAGUUGAAAUAAUUUUAGCUGCUGAUGUGAUAUACGACGAUAAUAUUACAGAAGGAUUUGUAAAUACUUUGGAAAAACUUUUUAAUUGUAAUUCAUUAAAUAUCGCUUAUGUUGCAUUAGAAAAGCGUUUUGUUUUCACAUUGGCCGAUUUAGAUUCUGUUGCUCCAAUGUAUGAGGAAUUUUUGAGAUGUAUCGCAAAAAAAAAUUACAAUUGGACGAUUGAAGAAAUUAAAUUAGAUUUUCCUCAAUAUUUUCGAUACGAUAGAUUGAAGCAAAUGAUUUUAAUGAAGAUUAAAAGGAAAUUUUAAUUUUAUUAUUAGAAAAUAUAUUUUUUCAUUACUUGUAAUACUAAUUAUUUUUUAUACUAAAUUAAUUCAGUUUUCUGAAUUUUGUUUUUUGAAUAACAUUAACUCCGAUCAAUUGAAUAAAUUUUGUUAUUGUGUUUUUAA